AUGGAGCCUCUUAUUUCGAAUGUUUUGUCUGAUUUGGAUAUGAAGUCACAAGAAAAAAUAAUCGCAAAACUUGCGACUGCAUACGAUUCUUUAUCUGGGGAGUGCGCAAGUGUUUCCCCUCUCGUUUCUGCUCGGUGGCAUCCGAAAAUUCACAACAUUCUUGUUCUCCUGACGAAAGAUGGCAAACUUAUAUUUUGUCGCUGCAAAUUUGCCCCUGGGGGAGCCCCUGAGUUUGAGACUGAACUUAUCGUUCACGUCCUUGAGCCCCCUGAAAACGAUGCUGGAGAAAAUUGCAGCACUGUUCAAGGCAAACUCUCACAGAAUCUUAACCUAAGCGUUGCGAUGGGUGCCGUAUGCAGUGACUUUGACUUUGGGUCGUCGUUAUUCCAUGGAGGGGUGCGGGUUUCACAUGAUGUACCCCUUGAUGUACCAAUUUAUGUUCUUUGUGAAAAUGGUGAUAUCAUUUUGGUGAGUGUCUCACAAGCAUCCAUAAAUCAACCACUGGUUCGUUUUGUGCGCAUUCUUCCUGCUAACGAGGACUAUUAUUCGUUUGACUUCCUCAAAUUGAUUUGUCUUCGCUCAGAAAAAGAACAAUACCAACCUGAUGUUAUUUGCUUUGCUAAUCGUGUAGGCCGAAUAUUUCACGGUGUCUGCUUGCACGUUCCAACAAAUGUUCUGCUACAAUCUAACUCCCGUCCUCAAGGGCGUAGCGUUCCAGUAUUGCUCAUCGUCGAUAGCGUAGACCUAGAGCUUCCAGCACUCGGAAAGUCUUUAAAUACUUCAGUUAACUUGAAUGAUAAACGUAAUGACGAAUACGGCCUAGACUUCAGUGGUCUAGAUAUUGCAUUGGUUCCAUCAACUUAUAUUUGGUCCGAUCCGGACGAUUAUCAGCCGUGUUCAAUAAUGAACAGCUACUUUUGCUUGCACAACUUCGGAAUUCAUCAUGUGCGAGUUUCCUGGUUGGACCAAUUUCGUGGUGCGUGCUCUUCCAUAGCUUCCAGCGAUUAUUCCAAUGCAAAUUUGCUGCAAGCACUAAGAACGAACACUUGCUCAACUGAGUACCUUUUGCUGUCGCGUAGUCUACACCCCCAGGCCUACGACGGUGUGGUGAAGGAGCGAGUAGUGAUUGGUCUUUUGCCCCACCGAGCGCCACCAUCUUCAAAUGAGACCGCUACUGUUGAUCCCAACUCCCCUCAUGCCGUCAUUGUCAUCUUUUCAUCGAAGCCUGAGUUAGUGACAGUCCCCAUCCCCUCUCAGCUUUCCACUUUACGGCAAUGCAACUCUGAUAUCUGUUGCCCAAGUUCGGGUCAGGGCGACUUUAAUUGCGAUGGAAAAUGUGACUCCCGUCUUUUACCCAGACCACCUUUGUGUCCCCCAAAAGAUUCUGAUUUUGUGGCAACCUGCAGUCGCAGCCUCUUGGUAACGAGAUCCUCUUGGCUGCCAAUUAUGUCUUCUCACGACGAGGAGACGGUCAUUACUGAAGCAGAUUUUUUCCGCUUUUUCCUGAAUGCGACCGAUGUUCUUCGUACCUCCCAACUGAGUCGCUUAGCGGGUCUUUCAUCCUCGGUGUGCGAGUUCGCUGACUACGUGGAGGGCCAGUUAGCGGCCCAAUCGGAGGAGGUGGCUUUCCUGGCCGCGGAGCGGGACAUGCUGCACACUCGAGCUGCCGAACUUACUGACAGGCACUCACGUGUUCUUGAACGCCAUGAGACACUCAACCAUCGUUUGUCAGAACUCGCAAGACGCAUCUACAGUAUUGACUCUGGUUUGACUGACGCUGAGGUGGAAAUGGGAAACCAGGUUCGAAACCUUAGGGACCGCCUAAAGUCAGGUCUAUUGGUCUGGUUGGAAAACAUCCGCCUGCAGUAUGAACAGCUCGCAAUUCGUUUAGGAGAGCAUCGACGUGCCUCCGCUAUUCGUCAAUUUGAGGGACGGCUCGGUAUUGAGUCGCAGCCGACCCUUUCGCCCACGCAGGUUGAACAUCUGGCAAAGGUGCUCAAAUCAGAGGGUUCUGAAAUAGACUGCCUCGUGAAAGCAGUCGGAAGAUUAAAUCUGAUCUCGGCAGCCUCCUUUGUAAAAUAA